CUGAAUAGUGCCAUUUCCGGUCCCGAUCAAAAGGUAUUCACCGUUAGGAGAGAACUUGCAGCAGUGAACACCUUUCAUGUACUUGGAAAUAUACGUUUUUCCAACGAGGUCCGAUCUGGAAUAAGCGUAUUCUCCAUUGUCCGGCUUGUACAUCUUUUCAAGAACAGCCUGCCGUUUAAUUUGAUCUCUUGCUAAAAUUUCGGAAAAAUACGAAGCUUGAUUAAAGUAAUCUUCAUCAUCGUCUUGUUGUGGUAACCAAAGCGGCCUUCUUUUGUCCAUGUAAACCUUUUUUGCAGCGUCCGGAAAACCGGCAUCAUAUUUUUUGACAGGGAAAGCUCUCUUGAAAAAGCUGAUCCUCCAAGUUUCUUUUCCAAGAUCGGCUGCAGGUUUAGGUUCUUCGGGUUCUUUAUCUACAGCGGAUGGAGCUUCGGCGGGUUGAAAUAAUGAUUUAAUUCUUUUUCUACCUACCUUUCUUACGGACUCACGCCCAUCACUCAAUUCGGAUUCUUCCUCUGGAGAAUCAUUAGGUAAAAUAAUAUUCCAACCGUCAUCAAUAACAUACUCACUCAUAUUUUUUCUAUUAUUGAAUAUAUAUAUAUUUAUUUGUUUUUGAAUGACAUUGAGAAUAUAUCUUGGAUGACUUUAUUUAUAAUUAAUAUACAUAUUCUAUAUUUUAAACUUUUAAUUAGCUUCUAAUAAAGAAGUAGGUAGAUCUUAAUGAUUACAACAGCUGUAUAAAUUCACUGUGCUAAACAACACGUAGAUAGGUUAAAUUUUUCGCAAAAAGUAAUUUUCUACUUUAAAAAAAAUAUUUUAUUGAUAUGAUACAUGGACAGUUAAAACAUUGUUUUCACGAGCUGAAUCUUGACUUUUAGCAUGCAGAAAAACCUUUUGAACAGGAGGUGUAUCGAAGAUUAUAAUUCGGGAGAAACAUCAGAUUUAGACUUACUAACACUAAGGGGAUAUAAAAAAAAUUGUUCCAGACCAGAAUCGAAAACAGCCAGUUCAGUAAACAAUAUCAUUUCGGAAAGUGAUAAUCUUGAAAGUGAUUGCAACAGUUUUUCCAAUUUUUCUACAGAUUUAUUGAUCAAGCCAGCUUUAAUAACAGAUUUGUUACAUUCAGAGGAAACCGAACAGGAGAGCAAUUUACUAUCCGAGGGAAAGAAGAUCAAAGGGAAAAUCAGGAAUGGAUUACUACGACAAUUCUAAGGUUGACGUGAGUACCAAAUCUGAAAGCUCACACGAUGAUCGUUACUGUAAUCAAGAUUUAUUGAUGCCACAACUGCGAACGAGGACAACGCAAGGCCCUCAUCUACUUCAGAAAAAAAACUCUGGCGACAAAUCUUUUAAUUCAGAUUCAGAAUCAAUUUCUUCCAUGUCAAGUAAUUGUAGCAUCGAAAACCCUCAAAUUCGCAUGAAGAGAGAACAUCAGAAGAAACUUGAACCGCCGAAAUACCAGCCUACAACACCCUCUUAUGGGAAAAACAUACAUGAUAAGAAGGUUCAGCCCUUGUCUCAAACAUUCAAUAUCAAACAUGGACCAAAUCCGCUGAUGAAAUUGGAAGAAGAAGAAGAUCGAGAGAUGGAAUUUUGCAAUUUAAACAUCAGCAGAAAUGUUAAAAAAAGACCGGAACAAAAAAUGAAAUUAUUAAAAGAUAAAAGGUAUGGGAUUCCUUGCAUACAAAGUACGAAUCUAAAUUUGCAAUUAUUACAAUAUGGAUCUAACAAUCAAGAAGGUGGAGACAACGGCAAAGGAGACCUGUCAGGAUUCUUGGCAGAGCCAGUGAAUUGGGAUGAAAUAAAGGUACCUAAAAAGCGUGAACUGCACCGAGUAAUACACCAUCGUCUGUGUAACUACAUAAAUCCAGAUAUAAUGCUCGUUAUAGAUGAACAUGAGUUUUUUUGCCAUCGGAUAGUAUUGCAAUCAUAUUCGAAAUACUUUGAUGAAAUCGACAAUUUAGACCAAAGCACUGCCAUUGAUCUAAAAGAGAAAAAUGUUACCAAAGAAGCGUUCAUUGCCAUCUAUGCUUGGAUGUUAUCUUUGAAUGAUGCAGGUUUGAAGUUUCUGACGCGAGAUAAUAUCAUUGAAGUUUUAAUGGCAUCUCAAUCCCUUCAAAUAAGAGACCUUGAAGAGCAAUGCUUCGCACUCAUUGACUCGAAGGAGAUAUUUUCAGAGGGCCACGCUUACCAAUUAUUCAAGAAAGCAAGUCAUUUAAAACAAAAUGGUAUCAAAGAGCUAAUGGUACCUAGGGUACAACAUUUCUUUUUGCCUCUCGUGAGCAGUCAGGAUUUUUUGAACCUAAGUUUGGAUGAUGUAUGUACAUUUCUCUCUUCAAACUACAUUGUUGUACACAGCGAAAUGGAAGUCUUUAUGUCAGCUGCCAAAUGGUUAUUGGAAAACUGGGAUGAAAGAAAGAAACACCUCCCGAGGGUAAUGACCUGCGUCCGAUUUGGGUUGAUGAAUCCACCAGAACUGAUUGAUAUACGAAAAAAUCCAGAGUCACCUGAAUUUUUAAGAAUUACAGAAGAUACUCGAAUACAAAAAUUUAUAGAAGAUGGUAUGGCGUAUUCAAUCGAGAGCACUCUCAAGGGAGCCACUGAAGAUCACAAAUAUCGAUGUCAAUUGCUCGGGCUCGAGAUCCCACAACCACGUAAUUGGGCUGAUUCUUCCAAGUAUUACAAAUCUUACGAAGAGUUCCUGGGAUACCUACAGCUACUGAGAGGAAAUCCGAUGAUGAUGUUCGCAAGAGAACCUGAAAAAAUAACACCAGAACCACUCAACAAAUCUGGUCGCAAUUACCCUGUGCCCGUUGAUCACGAAAACUGUUGUUCAGAAUUCUUCAGAGUUCCGUAUCAGUACUCCUGCGACGACGGGAUUCCUUCAAUGUCAGUUUUGCUUGCAGCUGGGAUGAGGAAUAGAAAAAGAAGAGAGAGCCAAAAAGAAACUUCACGAAACCAUUCAAAGGAUAAAAGUCCAUUAGCAAUGACCAAAUCAGAAAAAAAGGCUAUUUUAAAUAAAGAAAAGGAAUUUAAAACUGAAAACCAACUAAGGAUUCCGGAUAAGGGAGAAAAAUCAAAACGAAAUGUACUGAACAGGAGAGACACAUCAUUAAAAAAUAAAGCAGCUAUAAUUAUUCAGUCUGCUUACAGGGGGUACAAGGUUCGCAAAAUGGUCAAAUUGAAAAAUAAAGAACCCAAUAGUAAUCACAGAAACGUGAAAUUUGAAAAUAAUCGCGUAUAUAAUGACGGCGAUCAUUUGAAAAACAAGCAAAUCCAGAACUGCUCUUCCGAUUCUGAUGUGGAUACGAUUAACAGAUAUGAGGGGAAUGGGCGUAAUACAUUAUAUUUCCCACACAGUCAGACAAUAUUAGUAAUAGGUGGGCUGGAUCCAUUGCAGAACCUAUCCCAAAAUAAUGAUGGAAGUGCUAUCUUCAGAUACUCGGUGGAAAUGAAUUCAUGGGAAAAAGUUGCUUCAAUGCCUAAAGGAAGAUAUUAUCACAGUGCAACUCUCCUAAAAGGAAAAAUCUAUGUAUUAGGUGGUGUGGACCCAAGAAAAGAAGAAUCUGGAAUACCUGCAAUUUGCUCAGAUAUGUGGAGUUUUAAUCCAGCUACUUGUGACUGGGUGAAAGAACCGAGCCUCAGAACGGCAAGAAAAACAUUUGGUCUAGUUGCAUUCCAUGGCUACCUAUACAUCAUAGGAGGUCAAGAUAAUCACCAAAGGAUUCUUUCAUCAGUCGAUAAGUAUGACCCUGUUAAGGGAGUCUGGGAAGAAGUAAGUGCACUUCCUGAGCCAAGACUAUGCCCCGCUGUAUGCCGUUAUGGUGGCAUGAUCUGGGUAGCAGGGGGUAUGGGAAGCAGUACUAAGAACGACAUGUCGUCCCAGAUAUUUUGUUUCGAUCCUCAGCAAAACAUGUAA